GAGCUGGCCCGACGCCUUUGCCCUCGAUCCGCUCACCUCCGAGCAUGCGGCUAUUAAGUCUUCUGCAGCUGGCCUCUGCGUCCGGCUACGCCCUCCGAGGCGCCGCUCCGCAGCCCGCCGCCAGUGCGCCGCUUCGGCGGGCUCGCUCUCUCGCGAUGAUGCCAAACUCGAUCCUCGAGGAGGCGGCGGAGGCGGCGGUGCUGACGGACCCUCGCUCCUCCACAACGCCGGCGGCGGCGGCUGAGUGCGCGCACGGCGGCGGCGACACAGGCCGGAGCGCGCUGAUCCUCGGCUGGUUCUUCGCCAAGGACCGAGAGCUGGAGUACGUGCGGCGGAUGUACGCCAAGAAUGGCUUUGACGAGGUCGUGAUCCGGCCCUCAAAGGUCGGCCUCAUCUCAAAGCCGCGCGGCUGGUACCGCACCCUCCGCCGCCAGCUGCAGCCCGGCCGGCGCCGCGCCGAGCCGCGCAGCCAGAGCGUCGACAGCCAGAGCCUCGACAGCCUCGACCGGCACUUUGACGUGGUGCACUGCAUGAGCGGCGGCUUCCUCGCGCUGUACGUGCUGCUCCGCUCCAAGGUCGGCCUCCGCUUCUCCACCCUGCUCUGCGACUCAACGCCGAUCCUGCCAAAGCCGGCCGCCUUCACGCGAUUCGCGCGCGCGUACCUCGCCUCGAUCGGGCUGCGGCUGCCGCUCAAGCUGCUGCCCGAGCGGCUGCACCAGUGGCUGGUCGAGGGGCGCUGGUGGCUCUCCAUCUUUUACAUCAAGAUGAAGCACCGGCUGCUCACGCUGCUCGGCCGGCUGCAGGGCGUGGAGCUGAACCGGUGGAUGUCCGGGCCGGUGGACUGGGGCCUGAGCGGCGACUACGACCGCGUCGCGACGCACGCGCUCGGCACGAUCUACGAGGGCGCAGCGCAGUGCGCCGGGUCGGAGAUCAUCUUUCUGUACAACAAGGCGGACCCCUUCAUCGACCCUGCGGACGCGCGCGAGGUCGGCCUGGCCGUGCGCGAGGUCGAGACAAGCACAGACCACAUCAAGGCGCUCUGA